GUCCAAAAAUCACUUCCUAAUGGUGCAAAUGUAUUGUCAGUAAUUUUAUAUUCGGAUGCUACGACACGUGAUCACUUAGGAAAGACCAGCGAACAUCCCAUUUAUUUUACACUUGGUAAUAUAGUUAGUUGUCGCAGAAAUAGGCCUUAUGCCAAAAUACUUUUGGGUUAUCUGCCGAUCCUAAAGGCAAAAGAUAUUUCACAAAAGAGGUCAAAGAGUUUUCGGUUAGCCAAGCGAGUCCUUUAUCAAUAUGCUUUAAAUAUAUUGACAUGA